UCUCUUUGCUUCUCCUUCCUCUCAACUAUAACUUUAACCAAUAGCAUGAAGAAACCUUGGGAGCUAGUUCAUGCAGCCUCGUGGUACUGUACCGUAGCGUUGUUGGCUUUAAUAUUGAUUGGCUCAGUGGGGGCAAACUGUGUAUCAGAUGAAGCUGCAGAUGUGAAAGGGAGGAAGCUCCUGAGCCAACGACCCUGUGCUGAAAUCUAUGUGGUAGGAGAAGGUGAGACUCUUCACACAAUCAGCGACAAGUGCGACGACCCUUUCAUCGUCGAGCGCAACCCUCACAUCAAUGAUCCUGAUGAUGUUUUCCCCGGCCUUGUUAUUCACAUCAUUUCUUCACCUGCUACAAAACUAUAGAGGUAGCCAAACUAAUUGGCUUGUAUCGUAUAUGUGGGUAGU